AACUAGCUGUCCAUUUUCCAUAGUGUGUAUCUUUCUUAUUAUCUAUUGGCACCUCCCACACAUAAUCACCCUCGACAAAUGACUGAUCAUCCAACUUUAUUUAAUUCCAUUCAUGCCUUCUUCUUUCUUUCUAUUCUUCCAUUACAAUUGGUUAGGGCUUUUCGUCUUCUUCUUCAGCCACGGCAGCCCUCUUCUGCCUGAGAAGAUUCCACACUUUCACAACCCACUCUCCGCUACACCACCGCUUCUUGUCCACCUCCAACUCCGGCGGCGGCGAUUCGAACCGGCAAUUGGAUAAGAACCUUCUUGAACAGAUAAGGGUGAGUUCAGUAAGUUUCAGGCAAAGGUACAUUAUCGUUCGUCAAGUCCUAUCGGAGUUGAAGGAGUCCAGAGAAGCUUUCCGCGCUGAGACCUGCUACAAUUACAACGUGUUCUUGAACCGAUUCUUCAUAUCCCCGCGGGUGCAGACGCCGGAAAACUUGAGAAACGAGUUGAAUAUCUUCAUUCCGAGUAUGAUCAGGUUGAAGGAGAUUACAAUGGAGGAUGCUGAGAUUUCACGAGUUUUGACCAAUUCCAGACUCGCUUCCCUUGAAGAAAUCAUCAAAAACGUUUCAGAGAUUAGCAAAGAUUUGCAGCAUGAUGAGGAAUUUGGGAAGAUUUGGAAUGAAUUGAAUGAUGGGCUGGUGAAGGGUAGGGAGAUUGAGUUGAAAGAGGCUGAGUUGUUAGCUGUGGAGUUUAAGGACGAACUAGAUUUCAUCUCACAUUCUAUCAAGGUCCAGUCUAAGAUAUACAGCGGGAUCCCGGGCGGCGAUAAUGACCCUAACUCCAACUAUCCAUUCCCUUCCUUUGUCAGAGAAAUCGCGGAGACUAUCAAACUUCUCUCACCACGCGAUUCGGACGAGCAAUUGGAGAAGAAGUUUGAGCAGUUAAGGGAGAGUUUGUUGAGUUUGAAGCAUAGGCAUGCUAUUGAUGAUCAACUCUUAUCGGAGUUCAAGGACCCCAUAAAUGCUUUCCCCAAUGAGGUCGUCAAGAAUCUCUCCCAGCUGCCGCGAAUGCGGGUAAUCUUGAGGAAGAAGUUGAAGACCUUAAUGACAAGGUCGAUGAGGUUGAAGGAGAUGAUAGUGGAGGGUGAUGUGUUGGCAGAAGUGUUGAUCAACUCCAGACUAGAUUCCCUCAAAGAGAUCAUCGAAAACUUCCGCGAGACAAUAGAAUAUUGGUGUUCUUUGAAUGCUUAAUUUGACAAGACAUGGCAUGAAAUAUUAGAUGAGACACGACCGAUAAAGGAUGAAUAGGGUAAGUUGUUUUCCGUGGAAACCAACGACGAACCGCUGCCACAAACACCAGAAAUCUUGGGGAAGAAUUUUAAGGCCUUAAUUACAAGGUUAACGAGGUUGAAUGAUAUAUUGUCAGAGAUUACUGAACCACUAUGUAGCCUCGAGGACCUCAUCGAUGACUACCCCGAGAUAAGAAAACAUUACACUUCUUUGGACGAUAUAUGGGAUAAAUUAGAUGAUAGGCUAGGGAUGGAGAUCACACGGGCUAGGUUGUUAGCAGAGAAGACCAACGGCAAUCUAGCUUUCCGCUCAGAGCUCAUCAAGAACCUCUCCGGGCCGUCCUAGGAUCUACCCCUUUUUUCACCCCCAAACUGGUGAAGUGGUUGAGUCACCCGUUUUUCAGGCAUGGUUUUUACAACUAAUUUGACACAUCAAUUUUUGAAGAAAUAGGUUACUCCAUUCUUCUUUUUCUGUAUAGGGAUGAGAUUAAUAUUGUGUGAUACUGUGAUUAGCCCAUUUUCUUAAUUUUACUAGUUUCGGGUUGAAUAUAUGAUAAAUGUUUAAUUUCCCAUGGUAUGAUUUUGGUUGUCUUCGCUGGAAUGAAUAUAUCUUGUAUCACAAUUGGAGCUAGAUAAUUAGGUUAAGAAAUAAAUUCAGUUCAGAUACCAUAUUUUACAGAGGACCGUAACAUAUUUUUCAAAGUAACCUAAAAUUCAUAACAAGAUAAUAGCAUAAGAACUUUAGAGAAGGGAUCAAGUUACUCCAAGAGUAACUCUUUGAAGUUACUCCAAAUUUUGACCCCUCAUUUUUUACCUCGAAGCCUAACUGCUGCUGUAUUUGGAACUUUCAGCAGAGUAUUUGUCUAAUGUAUCCAUAUUUGUAGUUACUGACUUACUGGUUAUCUAUCAGUAUUUGAUAAACUCAGUUGCACAUGUAGUAGAUCUGAUAAUCAUUAAAGAGAGAAUGUUCUCUUACUGGUGUUCUGUUGCACACUUGUUUGAGUAUUAUGAUUAUCAAUUAAAUAAGUUGGUUGUCUAAUAUGAAGCUUGCUGACUUUUCCAAGAAGUAAACUUCUAGACCACUCUAUGUUUCAAUUUCCAUUGGUUUGCCUCGUGAAUUACACACUUCAGUUUUCUCAGUUUAAUUCUUUGUUUUGCUGCAUCUGUCUUCUGCUGUGAGAUAAAGGGUCAGGGUGCACAGGGGAAACUUUAUAAGUUUGACUACCCAAAUUGUAUUCUAACGAUGUUGGGUAGAAUUUCAAUCUUUAUCAGGUUAAGUUUAAAGAUUUUACAUUUUAUGAAUAGUGGAAUUUUAGUUUUAGGUUUAUCAUGUUGUAUUGGCUUACAUGGAUGUUUACUGCCUUUUGUGUCCUCCCUGAAUGUUGAGGCCGCUGGCUUUUUCUCUAUUUAUUGAUUUUGACUACUAAUUUUGUUGGGAUUUUACUGCGGUCUGUACCCUUUCUUUGUUCUGAUUUCAUCCUUGUAUGGCAAUAUGCGGCUAAACCAUUUGUAAAAUAUAAGAUAAAUAGGAGCACUUAAUCAGCUAGUAACCAUCGAAUCAAGAUGCAUUGGCCUUGCACACGUCAGUAUUCCAAGAGAAAUCACUUAAAUUCAUUGCAAAAAUUCUAAAAGACAUCACAUACCAUAGUUCUAUAGUUGUAGAUAAGUGCAAGCUAUCAAAAUGCCAAGUUCAUAUCUUAGGGCAUACAUUUUCACAAUCAUAUUCCUUACUGGUGUACUAGAUAUUGUAAAUUGAUUCUACAUUUUCAAGAUUUAUGAGCUGGAAACUUUGUUUAGGUGACUUAUUUGAAGGCCAGAAUACAACUCCAUUUAUAACUUCAACACUACUCAAAAGAUGUUUGAUAAAUUGUCUUUGCGAAUAAACACUUACACUGCUAGUUUACAGUUCUAAGGAUUGUUUUCCUUCAUCAUUGCCUCCUCUCGCCGUUCAAAUGCUGAUUUUAAUGGUCUGAUGUUCACUGUCGUUGCUCUUUAUUUAUGUGCAAUAAAACACAAGGUACCUUUGUGUCCACUUUCACUAUUUCUCCCAUACCUUAGGACAAGAUAUAAUUAGCACCCUUUGCAUGUUUUGCAUCUCAAAAUGACAAGAUUUAACUCAUCAAACUCUGCUACAUGUGAAUCUGGAAUUUCUAUCUGAGUGAUGUAAACAUGCAGUCAAGUCCAUGUUGUGUGAUGGUUUAUUUAGUUUGAGGAGCAUUUUAGUGUUUCUGAAUUGGUUGUGAAUGGCUACUUGAGGUUUCUACCACUAUGAAGAACUUGUGCCAUGAUGUUCUUGGGGUUGCUAAGGAAAAGAAAGAUCCAUGAGAAGUAAAGACAAAUCGAGAUUGAUUAGUCAAGGCUUGUAUCUCUUGCAAGAGAAGACAGCAUAUUGUGAGGUGGGGUGAUCUUCACUCAUCAUCUUCAAUCAGAUAUUCAAGUCAGGGAAGAAACAAGUGUACAACUUGCUCCUUUAUCAUAUUUAUGUUCAUAUAUAAUAUAGUUUUUCAUGUCAUUUCAAUUAUGCUCAUUUAAAUUCAAUUAUCACUUGUUGCUAGAUAUUCCUUAUAAUCUUCAAUAUGCAAACCUUGUCAUUAAUAUUUUGUGAUUUCUAGUAUAGUUGAUGUUACUACUGGACUGGUUCAUU